CAGUUCUACUUAGCUUUUGAGACGUUCACUAUCGACUGCUAAUCGAAAUCAAAAUGUCCGGACGUGGUAAAGGAGGCAAAGUCAAGGGAAAAGCCAAAUCCCGCUCGAAUCGAUCUGGACUCCAGUUCCCGGUGGGACGUAUCCAUCGUCUGCUCCGAAAAGGAAACUAUGCCGAACGCGUUGGAGCUGGAGCACCCGUUUACCUGGCUGCCGUGAUGGAAUAUUUGGCAGCCGAAGUGCUGGAACUGGCAGGAAAUGCCGCUCGUGACAAUAAGAAAUCCAGAAUUAUCCCACGUCAUCUGCAGCUGGCCAUCCGUAACGACGAGGAAUUGAACAAGCUGCUUUCGGGAGUCACCAUCGCUCAGGGUGGUGUCCUGCCGAACAUUCAAGCCGUUCUGCUGCCCAAGAAGACCGAGAAGAAAGCAUAAUUUCUUCAAUAUUGACAAAUCGCAAAAAACAAAACGUCCUUUUCAGGACGAC